AGCCUUUCAGAACAAGCAUAUUGCCUUAUAUUUGAAUCCACCUCUAAAGUUCAAAAAAGAGAGAAAAAACACUUUUCAAAUUUUGUCUUGAACAGAGGCACUACUCUGCAACAAGCCCACCUCCAUUUUUAUGUAUCCUCUUCCUCCUCUCUCUGGGUCUCGUUUUCCUCAAUGCCCGAUGGAGACAGGUGUAAAGAAUGCAGUAGACCAAUACCUUAUUAUUCAUAUUGUUGUUUCCAUGGGUAUUGGUGCUUGGAAAUGGCAGCAGCUUCUAUUUCUUCUAUGCCUCAUUCCCUUAGCUUCUACAACCACAGAGAAGAGGAAGUUGGAGGGGAUUCCCAAGGUUAGAGCCGUUAACUUGGGUGGAUGGCUUGUUGUUGAAGGAUGGAUAAAGCCUUCCCUUUUCGAUGAUAUCAAGGAUAAUGAUCUUCUUGAUGGUACAAAGGUUCAAUUCAAAUCACUGAAACUGAACAAGUACCUUAGUGCAGAGUAUGGGGGUGGGCACAGUAUUGUGGUUGAUAGGGAUGACAACUCUACCUGGGAGACAUUUAAGUUGUGGAGAGUCUCUGAUGGCAGAUACCAACUUAAAGUGUUUGGGGGUCAAUUUAUGACAGCUGAAAAUGGAGGAGGCGGCAAUGUAUCAGCAGCAGCAGAUUCUCCUGGUGAUUGGGAAACAUUCGAUAUAGUUAGGCACCAUAAACAUCGAGAUCGGGUACAUAUCAGGGUGUUUAAUGGAACGUACAUGCAGGCACAAUCCGAGGAGCAGCUGACUGCAGAUUAUCAAGGAAAACCCAGAUGGGAUGACAAUGCAGCAACAUUCCAGAUGAAUAUUGUGGCAAAUGAUUUGCAUGGAGAUUACCAACUUGCAAAUGGAUAUGGUCCUAAGAAGGCAAAGUCUGUUUAUGAUAAACACAGAAGCAGCUUCAUUACAGAGAAGGAUUUUGGUUUCCUUUUAAAAAAUGGUAUUAACACUGUGAGAAUUCCAGUUGGAUGGUGGAUUGCAUAUGACCCAAACCCUCCAGCCCCUUUUAUAGGAGGAUCUUUGCAAGCCCUUGACAAUGCUUUUACAUGGGCACAGAAACAUGAUAUAAGGGUUAUUGUUGAUCUUCAUGCAGCACCGGGCUCACAAAAUGGAAUGGAGCACAGUGCCAGUAGAGAUGGAUCCGCUGACUGGGCUAACUCUACACAACAUAUUUCUCAAAGUUUACAAAUUAUUGACUUCCUUGCAUCCAGAUAUGGUAACAAUUCUAUGCUCCUAGGCAUUGAAUUGCUAAAUGAACCUCUUGUAACUACUGUUUCUGUUGAUGUUAUAAAUAAAUAUUACACAAAUGGCUAUGAAAUUGUGCGAAAGCAUUCUUCCACAGCUUAUGUAAUCAUGUGCCAGAGGAUUGGAAAAGCUGAUCCACAUGAGCUAUAUCAAUCAAAUGAUGUAUUUUCAAACGUCGUAGUCGAUGUUCAUUAUUACAACCUUUUUGACCCUUAUUAUGAAAACUUGACUGCCCAAGAAAAUAUUGAUUUCAUCUUGAAGAACAGGCAACCUGAGCUACUAGCUUUAAACAGUGCAAAUGGUCCUCUCAUAUUCGUUGGUGAAUGGACAAAUGAGUGGAAAGUAAAAGGAGCUUCAAGGGAAGAAUAUCAAAGGUUUGGCGAUGCCCAAUUGGAAGUUUAUGAACAAGCUUCAUUUGGUUGGUCAUAUUGGACUUUAAAAAACCAGGACAAGCACUGGGAUUUUGAGUGGAAUGUUCAGCACAAGUAUCUUAAAUCUGAUGAAAGAAGACCAAGCCAGGACAAGGACGACCUUCUCCGGUCCAGCAUCAUCAAGGACGACCUUCUCCGGUCCAGCAUCAUCAAGGACGACCUUCUCCAGCAUCAUCAGGGACGACCUCUUCCAGACCAGCAUUUGAAGGAAAGAUACUCCAUCCAUCCUGCACAUCAAAGACAAAAGAGGAUUAAAGAAAGGGUUCGUUGAAGAAGCAGACGGUGUCAGAAAAGUUAAUUAAAGUCAUCUUCUCAACAUCAUCAAAUUGAAUAUCUACCAAGUUGCAAGUGUCAGACAAGGUGGCGUCCCAGUCAUCAUCCCUCCAUUUGGAUUGGUCUACCUCAACAUGUCCAGGUUCAAUGUACCUGACUCAUCAAAAAAGACACAAACUUCGAUGUACCUACCCCGGCUAUCCAUUGGUCGAAUAUUCCAAAGAAGACAUGUGUCCAAAUAAUGCAAUUAUUUCAUUGGUCAGAAUUAAGUUUGUUGUAACAAACCCUAAUUAGGGUUUUCAUUGUAAAAUCUCGACCAUUGAUCUCAAAUUGAUCUAAGCCAUUGAAUUGUAUUGUGGGCACUAUAUAAGCCCUGGCUCUUCAUUUGUAAAGGCUAAUGGUUAGUCAAUAAUAGCUAAUAGUUAAUAGUUAGUAAUAGAGGCCAGAAUAGUAGAAUAGCAAUUAGAGUAGAUUAAGAAGAGAAGGCAAGACA